AUGCCGGUCGUCUUGACUGGUCAGCCUGGCGUCGGAAAGAGUCUAUUCCUGAUAUACGCCCUGGUCGACCGGCUGAUCAAAGGAUUGCCGACCAUUUACGCACCCCACGCCGAUUCGUUCUUCUUAUUUAGAGAGUCAGGCGCCUACCAAUUCCCUGGAACUGAGAUGGACGUCGCAUUCCUAUGCAAGGAGUUGUCCAAUAUACAUGACGGGGACAUUCCCGGAGGGAAUAUUAGCGGCACGGAUGAAGGAUGGAUCUUGUUUGAUUCGAAUGAAAGUCAAGCGAUGCCACGUUGGUAUAGCGUCUAUUUCGAGACGUGGAAGGUCAUCCUUUCCUCUUUCCCGAAACCUAGCAGGUACAAGGAAUGGGCGAAACAAGCAGGGGCUAACAAAUAUAUCAUGAAGCCCUGGUCCUGGUGUGAGAUAUACGCUGCGAUGCCACUGCAAAUGACCGUAUCUGGUCGUCAGCCCACUGAUCGGGAACUUUGGGCCGCCUACAGUCAGUUUACUGCGUCUGCGCGCACCGUGUACUGGUGCUGCGUGCACCGUACGGAGUAUCUGUCAGAAAUUCGUGGCGCAUUGGACAAAUGUCAGGAUCCCCAUGCUCUGUUCCCACUAGCAGACGGUGGCUGGGAUGAUUCGGUGAGCAACGUACUAGUGAUUGUAGGCCAGGCAACUUUGGACGGGAAGAUCUAUCGAGGCAUCAUGCACGGGAAGGUCGCCACUCCAUUCAUUUGGGACAUGAUUCAUCAGCAUGCGCAGCGUUUGUUAGGAUCGUCCAUGCGCCAAAUCUACAAUAACCUCUUGUCGGAUCGUAUCUCCAGAGGGACGGCGGGAAGCAUCUUUGAAGAUACCGCGUAUCACGUCCUUUCAGCUGUCGGGACACAGAGCUACGCCGUUAGGUCUCUUCCGAGUGGUCAUAAUUCUUCCUCUCAGAUGCAGUGGGACCUUUCUAUAACUUCGCAAGCGGUCAUCUUCGAGAAGAUCUGUCAGAUCUCCGGUAAUCUGGUGCCACGCACGUACUACCGUCCUCUGAAUUCAAAUAUUCCGAGUAUUAAUUCUUUCACCUUCGUUGACGGGACACCGAUCCUAUUUCGGUUCACAACCAGUCUGGAUCACUCAAUCGAAGUACAAGGACUACAAAGUGUCGCGAACAUUCUUCCUACCAAGAGUCGGUAUAGGAAGAAGUGGAAGUUGGUCUUCGUAGUUCCCACAGAUAUCGAACCAGAGUUUAAAUACCAGCUCUACGAGCCAUCCUCCUACCGCGAAACAUGGUAG